CUACUCCUUUUAUUUGUGGGAUCCAAAGAGGAGUUGUUAUUGUCCAAUGGUGUAUCAACUUUUAUCAAGCUUGUAGCUGCAGGUUCAGCAAAGGGAACAGUUGAACUAACAUUUUUGAAGCAGGGGCAGCUCAUCUAACCCACAAUAUCCUUCCCUACAUAUCCCAGCACUAAAUACAAGAUUUGCAGCAGUCCAGAUUUCAUCCCCAACCCACCAAUACAUUCCAAAUGGCCGAGGAGUUCGAGCUGCCUGAAUUCAACCCGAGGGAGCGCGCCAAGCAGCAGAUUUCGGUGCCAUUUCUGUGGGAGGUGAAGCCCGGCGCGCCGAAGAGGGACUGGGCGAUCUCCACCAAGCCAUCACCCACAGUCUUCUCAUGUCCAUCCCCGGCCAAGCUUGUUGUCAGCGUGCCAUUCCAGUGGGAAGAGAAGCCUGGGAAGCCCCUACAAGACAUGUCACGCUUCCAUGCACCGUCCGAUCGUCAUGCCGGCUUUUCGGUAUCUCCUUACUCACUGAACCCUUUUGUGGCCGAAGAUGAUGAGGAGUACACGCUGGGGUUCGACCUGGAAGCGUUCGGGUUUCCCGACGACAGCAAGGCGUCCACCGGCGCCGCGGAUUAUGCGGACGGGUCGAGCCGCCAUGGCGCCUGGUACUCGUUCUCAGAGUCGGAGGACUACAGCAACUCGAGCGGGAACACCUCUGCCCGGGAGUCCCAGUUCCCCCGGGCGCCGUCGGAGCGGAGCUGGGAGGUGGCCAACGAUGAUGACCAUGAGCUGACCACCAACCGGCAGAGCCCUCUGAGGAGCGCCUUCACGCUGGAGGAGCUCAUGAUGCUGAGCCGCAAGCUGGGCGGCGGGCAAGGGUUCCCGGCCGAUGUCAGGAAGAAGAGCCUCUCCCCCUCGCUCUCCUCCGUGGAGCUCAUCAAGAAGUUUUUAAUUGUGUGUUCUUAGUGAGUGGGCGGCUCCGUGGCUGCUGCGGGCACAUGGGCGAGCUGUACCGUGUGCGCAUGUGCGUGUGGGUGUGAGGUCUGAGUGAGAUCCCUGCAUCUGAUUGAUCGGGGAAGAAGCUCUGCGAGGCUGGAUUGCUUGCUUGCUGGGAAGUAGAAGCCUACUUACUAGCUGGCCUGCGUGCUGGUGCUGUACUGUUGUGUUGUGUCUCCGAAGGAAGGAAUCUUGUACUCUUUUCCCGGUGUUUGUUUCAAGAUAAACAAACGCUGGGUUUCUUUCUGUAUCAGGUUGCUGUUGCUUCUUGUAUAUGUGGAGAUUCUGCUUCUUGUUCAUUUGUGCAUCUGUUUGUUUGAGACGGAGCAACAAAGAUUUUGUGGUGGAUUAUUUUGCAACU